GGCCCAUAUAGGCCCAAAACAUAAAGCAAAGACAUGGGACUCGUUGCACUUGGUUUGCUUUCCGUCUUCUCUGGUCUGGUGGGUAUUGAUUUUGCAGAAGAUUAGAUUGAAUUUGUAUUUGAUUGCUUUCACAUCCGAUCCAGAACUGGUGAGCUGCUAGAAAAAAAGAUUGGGAUUUGCUACGAUGAAGCUCGGCGGUCGGAUUAUUGCUAUUUUACUUGUGUUUUCUCUUACGAUUGUGUUGACGAAAGCAGAAGUCAUUACAUUGACGCCUGAAACUUUCUCCGACAAGGUGAAGGAGAAGGAUACUGCGUGGUUUGUGAAGUUCUGUGUUCCUUGGUGUAAGCACUGCAAGAAACUGGGAAACUUGUGGGAAGAAUUGGGGAACGCAAUGGAAGGUGACGAUGAAAUUGAGAUUGGGGAAGUAGAUUGUGGUAAAAGCAGAGAUGUUUGCACCAAAGUUGAGAUUCACUCUUAUCCAACGUUUAAGCUAUUUUACAAUGGAGAAGAAGUUUCAAAAUACCAAGGUAAAAGAGACGUUGAAUCUCUCAAGACGUUUGUUGUAGAGGAAACAGAGAAGGCAGCAGAAAAAUCACAGCUUGAAGACAAGGAACUGUGAUUCAUCCCCUUUGUUCAUUCAGUUUUGCUUAUGCAGUUUGACUUAGUUUCACCACUAGUUAGAUAGGCACGGUGGAGGAACUGAUCAAGUCUUUUGGAUUUAUAUGCUUUCCAAACACAUACUGUUGUUUUUCAGUUUCAGUGCGAGACAAAGAUUACUGAUACUCUUGUGUUAUAUGUUCGUUUACGAGCAAAUUGCAUUGUUCUUUGAAAAAAUAUAUUUGGUGGAAACCAUUAAACAUU